UUAUAGAUUUAUAGGAGGAAAAUCAAACCUGAGCUAUAAACAAAUUCCAGAAAUUUGCAUUAACUUAUGUCUCCGAGACUUGUUCCCUGUAGUCUUGUGGUUAUAGACACAAUGUAGGGCGGAUAUACAUUGAAAUAGCGUGGAUUUGAAGAAAGCACAAGUAUACAGAAGCCCCAUGACGCGACCAUCCCCUUGUUCUCCUUGAGUGAUGGAGAGUCAACCUUUUCCUUACGUUGUCAUGGGACACCCCUGGGAGCCUCUGAAUAACACCUGGAGGCCCCCGAUCCGCGUAACCGAUCCGCAAACGUCUGGAUGCUGCGGGCUCGGGGAGGAGGAGGCGCGGCGCAAAUAAGCAGAUGAGGAAGGAGAGGAGAGAGCGCUGUUGUUCCGUCAAAACUCGAGUCUGUCUACAGCCCAGAGUCUCUGUGUGUGUGUGUGUGUGUUGUGUGUGUGUGUGUGUGUGUGUGUGUGUGUGUAUUGUUGAAAACGGGAGCGCCGGCUGGCUGGCUGCAUUCCGCAGAAGAAGAGGGAGAAGGAGAAGAAGGAGAGGAAGUUGCUGCCCCCAUCACUCAGAAACUUGUCAGCAAACUUUUUUUUGGGGAGGGGGGGGAGAGAUUGUUUUGACUUUUAUGAGCGGAGGAGAAGCGAGGGAUAAGAAGACGAAGGUGAAAUUGCGAGUGUCCGAAUGGAGAAGCACAAAGUGCUGGACCAGCUCCUGAUGGAGCUCCACCGUUUCCUGCUCAUCCUGGACAAGGAGACCCUGAGUGGGAACGCUACCAUCCAGAAGGGCUUGCUCUCUGAUCUCCUCCAGUCCUACAGAGCCUCCAAUGGUGCUGAUGAGGAGUAUAUUUACAUGAACAAAGUGAUUGUUACUGGGAAGGACAAAGACGACAAAGAAGACAGAUCAGAUCCCCUGCUCAAUGGAAAAGCAGCAAAAUGUUCCCCAGUCCCACAGAAGAGCCUUCCAGACCUGCCGCCCCCCAGAACAGGUAUGGUGGGUCGGGAGCCGUUCCCCUUGCCUGCAGUCCCUGCUCCAGCCUGUAUAGACACUUCUGAGAGUUACUAUGAGGAGGCGCAGCCCUAUGAGGAAACUGUUAAUGAUGAUGGGGAGGUGGUUAGCAGUUCGUACGAGUCCUAUGAUGAGGAGGAAGUGACCAGGGGAAAGUCGGCGCAGCACCAGUGGCCGUCGGCAGAGGCGUCCAUCGAGCUGAUGAAGGACGCCCGAAUCUGCGCCUUCCUGUGGAGGAAGAAGUGGCUCGGCCAGUGGGCCAAACAGCUGUGUGUCAUCAAAGACCAUCGCCUGCUGUGCUAUAAGAGCUCCAAGGAUCAGACACCCCUGCUGGAUGUGAGUCUGCUGGGCUGCAGCGUGGUCUACAAAGAGAAGCAGCUGAAGAGAAAAGAGCACAAGCUGAAGAUCACUCCUGUAGGAGGGGAGGCCAUCGUGCUUGGCCUGCAGAGCAAGGAGCAGACAGAGCAGUGGCUGAAGGUGAUUCAGGAGAUCAGCCCCAAGCCAGCUGAAAACUGUGACCCCCAGCACUCUGUGUCUGACUCCCCCAGGCUCAUCUGCACUAAGGGAGAGCUGAGUGAGAGACAUUCAGUGGCUUCAGAGAGCGGCAGCAGCACUGACAGUCAUGCUGAAACCCCUGAAAACAAAGAUGUGAAGAAAAAAUGUGGUUUGAAGUUCAGCAACCUCAUGAACAUUGGCAAGAAAAAACCCUCCUCAUUAGAGAACCCAGAGAAAUGUGUCGACACCUCAGGCUACCUCAAUGUGCUGGUGAACAGCCAAUGGCGGACCUGCUGGUGUCUCAUGAAGAACGGUCAGCUAUGGUUUUACCAGGACAAGGGAAAAAACAAAGUGAGCCAGCCGGCUGUGACCCUGGAGGGCUGCAGCGUUUUGCCUCUCCCCACCCCUGAGCACCUGUACUCCUUUAGGAUUGACAUGGAUGGCACACAAGUGGCAACCCUGGAGGCUAAGACAUCAGCAGACAUGGGUCACUGGCUGGGCCUCUUGCUGUCACAAACAGGGACCAAAACAGACCCAGAGGAGCUGACGUAUGACUACGUCAACGCAGAGAGGAUCUCCAGCAUCGUCAACGCUGCCAAGACUUCCUUAUACUUGAUGCAGAGGAGGUUUUCAGAGCCCAACACCUACAUCGACACCCCACCCUCCAUCCCUCACAACUCUGAUGAGCUGUAUGAUGAUGUGGCGUCUAUAGCUGAUCCAGAGGACGCUGAAGAGAGCGGCCUGCCAGACAGUGAGGACAACAACCUCCAGGAACACAAUGAAAUGUGCACGCAGGAUGCCAAGGACUCAGUGGGAACGGCGCAGGACACUGACAACAGGAUUUACCUGGACCUAGUUCCAGUGCGUUCUUUUCUCCAUACAUCCUGUGGGGGUAAAAUUUCCCCAGGCAAAGAAACUUUUAGAGAUUCCCUGGUUCCAGUAGAGGACCAGAAGGACUCUCCCUGUCAAGUUAAAGAGGUCAGUCCAGCUAACCCCCCUGAGCCAGAGCCAACACCAGUGUUAAAUGGAACAAGUCUGACCUCUGCCACCAGCAAACCAGAACAAGUGCACCCUCAGACUCCUACACCACAGCAAACUCAGCCGCUCAAACCCGCACCCCAAAGCCAGGAAACGCCUAAGAGGACAAGCCUGGGAAUCCCACAGGCCUUCACCUCCUCCGGGGUGCAGGUCCAUAAAGGUCCGACUGCUGCUGGCUUCCCCCACAGUCCUCAACCUCUGCGGCCCAAGGCACAUACCAUAGGGUGUCACGGAGCAGUUGAAGUAAAACUGGGCAAAAACCGGACAGAGGCAGACAUGCGGCGCUACACUGACGAGCGCGACCGCUUGGAGAAAGAAAGGGAGGAGGUGAGGAGCAGUCUGGCGACCCUGAAGAAGGAGAAGAGGGAGACCAAAGAGGAGCUCAGUGCCUGCCAAGAUCCCAAGCUGCAGGCCUCACUGGAAGCCCGUCUGAAGCAGAGGGAGGAGGCGUGUCGGGAGGCGGAGCGCCACAGGGUCGAGGUGGAGCUCCGGCUGGUGGAAGUGAAGGAGAGUCUGAAGAAGGUGGAGUCGGGGCCCUUCACGCUGGGAACCACACUGGACAGCAGCCUCCAGGACUCACCCAUGCCUAAAGCAGCAACUAUAGCAGCUCCCCAGACGCCAUCAUCGUCAUCGUCAUUGCCCCAGCCUCCGAGCAGCAACAUCAGCGCAGACCCAGCCUCUCCAGUCAACUCUGCCUCUGCAUUAAAAAACAGACCCACCUCCAUGAUGGCCACAAAAGGCAACGUCCUGCAGAAAGCUAAGGAGUGGGAGAAGAAAUCCACCACCUAGGAGGAAAACAUGUCGCCCUUUGUCCUCCUCUGACCUGAUCAAAGUUUCACUGGGUCUGAUCAGCCAUAUGCAACUUGUCCUGCUUUAGCAAGGGAACUGCUAAAGCCAACAGAUCCAGACAGUUUAAAUCAACAUCCUCCCUUCUCUCUCUGGAUCCUUCAUCCGCAGCACCUCCUUACCAAGACUAUAAAGAACCCAUCAGAGAGAGGCACGAGCUGUCUUCUCUAAAACCACUGGAUAAUCUUGGUUUCAAGUUGUUUUGUCUCUAUUUGCUAGAGAAAGGAAUUUGAUGUAGUAGCAUUUUGGCCAGUCUAACAGUUGCUCUUGAUAAACAGCCAAACAUUUGAAAACCACUGAAGUCUGAGACAGAAAGACGCCCCUCUACUAAAUUGGCCAUUUUGUACACUCUAUAGAUUGUAGCUUGGUUCAUAUAUGCUGGUAGCCAAGAUGUAAAUAUAUUUACACCAUUAUCCAGCCUGUUGGCUUGUAUUGCUAGCUAGAAAUGCACUUUUUAUUCAAAUAAAAAAUGUACUGACAACAA